GCAACCGACCGCCACACACGCCUUCACCAUUUUACGAACGUAAUGGCAGAAGUAGCACCAGCUCCAGCAACCCCGGCCAAGGCGCCGAAGAAGAAGACCUCCAAAGCGGCAAAGAAGAAGCCUGGUCCCAGCCUUAGCGAGCUUAUCGUCAAGGCUGUGGCUGCUUCCAACGAGCGCCAUGGCGUCUCUUUGGCCGCCCUUAAGAAAUCACUGGUCGCCGCCGGUUACGACUUGGACAAGAACAAGUCCCGCGUGAAGACCGCCGUUGUCGGACUGGUGACCAAGGGUACUCUCGUCCAGACAAAGGGAGUCGGUGCUUCAGGUUCUUUUAAGAUGAACAAAAAGGCGGAGGGGAAAGCGAAGGCUCCGGCAAAGGCUGCCAAGAAGACCCCAGCCAAAGCGAAGAAGCCCGCCGCAAAGAAAGCGGCACCGAGCAAGAAGCCUAAAUCUGCCGCAGCCAAGAAGACGGCCAGCAAGAAGCCGGCGAAAAAGGCAGCUAAAUCAACGACCCCCAAGAAAGCAGCUAAGAAAGCCACCAAGAGCCCGAAGAAGGCAGCGGCCCCCAAAAAGGCUCCCGCGGCCAAGAAGGCUUCAGCGGCCAAAAAGAGCCCUGCUAAAAGGGUCGCCAAACCCAAAACUGUCAAGAAGGCAGCACCCAAAAAGAAGUAA